AUGGUUCGGGAUACCCUUGUUGAUGUUUGUUAUCGCUCUGGGAUUUCGGCACGGAAAGAGGUUGAUGUUGGUCUAUCUGGAGGGAACGAUGGGGCACUCCAACCAGCAGACGUGUUGCUCUACUCUUGGGAUCGGGGUUGUGACGUGUGUGUUGACUUGACGGGAUCAUCCCCUUUGACACAGUCUGGGUUGGCUAGAUUUGUCCCGGGCCGGGUUGUGGCUGAUGCGGCUAUUCGGAAACGGUCAAAUCAAUUGGCUAAUGUUGAUCAACCGAUGACGGAACAAAAAUUAGUCUUACGUCUUGUUGCAGGUCUUGAAAACACUGAUUUUGACACCGUGGCUACCAUGAUCCAACAAACAGAUCCCCUCCCUACUUUUGAGAACGCUCGAAAUUGUUUACUUGCUGAGGAAAAAAGGCGAUCUCAUGACACUAGUGGCUCAAACGCCGCUUUUUUUGCUCAACCACCACAACCGGCGGCGGCCCAACCUUCCCAACCACCUCGCAACCCAGGCGGGAGCGCCAUGGGUGGUGGUGGGCUGGACCGUGGCCACGACAGAGGGAGGGGUAGAGGCCGUGGUAGAGGAAAUUGA